GCCUUCGAGAAGAGCCUGCGAAUCAAGAGCAUGAUCGAUGAGCUCGAAAUAGAGACACAGAACAAGCCUAGCGCCAAGAUACUGGCCGCAAUCGUUAGCAGCGAGUACAGGCUGUGGGUCCUCAAUGCCGAGACGCCUCUCCGCCACAAUCCGUUUCUCUCUCACUGGGUCGAGGCUGUACAGCGGCUAGAGGCAGCCACGCAGUCGCAUACUGGGCAGCCUGCCACAGGCAAUGUUUCGGCCGAGGACAUCGCUGCGACUCGGCUUGAGAUGAUCAAGCGCUUGUUGGGGAGCGAGGAACCGGGGGGUCUCGCGACUGCAACGCCGCUGCAACUAUACAAUGCACGCUAUUCUGGCACGCCCUUCGAUGUACAGCCAUACAUACGCAUGCUGGAGGAAGAAGGCAUCUACGACCCCUCGUCCACACCAUCGACCUCCAAUGCCGCCUCCAAUGCCGCCUUGCCAGAGGUUGCGCACCGCGACGUCGCCACCGCCGUCGAAUCUACUCAAAACCCCACACUUCAAGAAUGGAAAGCUACUCCAAGACGCACGUUUGAAGAGUUCAAAGUCGACCUUCAACUCCAUCUGAACGUCUACCCCGAUCACGUUGUCGACGCUCUCACCCACCUCCCCAUUGCAAUCCCUGCCCUCGACCUCCUCACAACCCUCAUCACGAACGGCACGCUCGCGAAGCACAAUAUCGACUCUAAGCCAGUCGUUUUGGCCUAUGUACAGCACGCACUUCGCCUGGUCGAAUAUAUGGGGCAGCCACCUGACCCCAAUACACGGGCUCCGCGUCAGACGGAGUGCGGUAUUGAGACGGAUGAUGACCAUGGCCGAGAGGCGCAGAGCAGGGCUAUACGACUGUUGAUACUGUUCAUGAGGAACCUGAUCAAGAAGGGGCUGGCUGAUGUGGGCCCGAGCGGUGAAUCAACGUUGUAUUUCGAUAUUCAAGGGAUAUGUGUAAGGUAUGUGUGGAUGAAGGAGGUUAGGGCGUUCAGGACCUGGAUUGAUGAGGGAGAG